AUGGCCGUCAUCUCCACCACCAGCACCAUGCAAAAGAAGGGCGACUCCGCCUUGAUCACCGGCUGCACUCUCCAGGCCAAGGACGCCGUGGUCAAGCACCUGGCGCCCGGCUGCGAGAUCCAGAAGAAGGGCGACUCGGCGCUCAUCACCGGCUGCGAGCUGCAGAAGAAGAAGGGCGACUCCGCGCUCAUUACUGGGUGUGAGGUCAUGUAA